AAAGCCGUCAUUCAGCAGCACACAACAAACAGAGACACAAGAAGAAGAGCUGAUUUUAAAUCAAACACACAAAGAUGAAGAUGCCUCAGCUUCUCAUCCUGCUUUUGACCAUUCUGGUCCACGCAGGAGACACGUUCCCCACCGACAGAGAGCGCCGGGACAAGCACGCCUCCUGGGACGAUGUGAAUGUGGUGGCCCACGGACUCCUGCAGCUCGGCCAGGGGCUGAAGGAGCACGUUGACAAGACCAAAGCCCAGAUGAGAGACGUGAACGGCAAACUGAAGGUCUUCAACAGCACGGUGGCAGAGCUGGAGAGGAAGCAGCAGGAGGAAGGUGAAGCUCUGAAGGCCCAGAACAAGGAGGUGGACGAGAGGUACAGGCUGCUGGCAGAGCUGGCUGAGGAGGUGAAGCUGAAGGUGGGGGAGGUGGAGCGGCAGACGGAGGACAUCACGUCCAGGAUGGACAGAUUGGAGGAGGUGCUGACAGAGCCGGCACUGGACAGCAACGACAGCGAGCACGAGAGACUUUCAUUCAUGCAGAGGUUGAUGGUGUCUCAGAACAGACGAAUCGACCAGCUGGUGGAGAAGAUCCAGCAGCAACAAGACAAACUGGAGAAGCAGAGUCUGCACCUCCAGGCCCUGCAGAGCAAGGUUGCGCAUAAGAGAAUGAAAUCACACAGACGGAGAGACGAGGCCACGGCACUGAGAGGCGAGGCGGAGCAUGUCCAAACUGAACCAGCAGGUUUACCCAGAGACUGUCAUGACCUGUUCGGACGAGGGCAGCGAGCCAGCGGCGUCUACACAGUCCAACCCGAGAACUCGAAGCCCUUCAACGUCCUCUGUCAAAUGACUUCAGAUGGUGGAUGGACAGUCAUUCAGAAACGUCAGGAUGGAUCUCAAAGCUUUGACCAGCUUUGGGAGGACUACAGGAAAGGCUUCGGCAGCCUCGACGGAGAGUUUUGGCUGGGUCUGGACAACAUCCACUCCCUUUCCAGACAAGGCCAGUACGUCCUGCAGGUGGAGCUCUCUGACGAGGCGGGGCAGCAGCAGAUAGCUCGUUACAAAUUCCAACUCGAAGGAGAGGACAAGAUGUUCGCUCUGCACCUCCAGCAGGAAGCUUCGUCGGGAGCUCAGGAGAAAAUCUUGACCACCGAAGCUUCUGGUCUUCCCUUCUCCACAGCAGACCGAGACAAUGACCUCACUGCAGACGUCAACUGUGCCGAGCUGCUCUCAGGUGGUUGGUGGUUCAGCGGCUGUGGUGAAUCAAAUCUCAACGGCAGGUAUCCCGCUCAGCCCGGGCAGCGCCGGAGACAAAAGUUUGGAAGGCAGACGAUGUUCUGGACCAUCACACCGGGACAGAGCGGCUCUCUGAGGACCACAUUUCUUAAAAUCGCACCAGCAUCAAUAAAACUAUAAACCUGUUCCAAAAAGACUGAGUAGCCCAAAACUAAAGACACUUCAACUUAAGUGUUUUAUUUUUUUACUUGAUGCUGAACUACUGAACUGAAAAAACGCUGUAAAAUGCACAACGCUGAUCUCUCCUGAUCUGAUAUUUUUAUGCAAUGCAUAAGAAAACCCAAGCGAAUACUUUCAGUCACAAUGACUGCAACAUGGUUCCCUUUGUGAGGGUUAUUUUUAUUUUAUACGUUUUUGAUUUAAUUACUUUGUGGCUAAAUAAUGCCUUUUUUAAGUAUUUGAUCAUAAAAUGAAAUGUUUUUGUAAGAAGUUGGUGAAAAUAAACUUUUUUUAAAU